AUGCCUCCUCUCCCUCCUUUGACGGUUGACUUGGAUUCCAUUCACGGUCGUCGUAGACAACGGCCUACACCACGCCAGCCUCGCCAGCGGCCAGAUCAGCCUAUACCGCCCCCUGUGUACUAUCAUUACGAUGCAGGAGAGAGCUCGCAGACGCGACAGAACUAUUGCGGGCCUACUCAGUUUCAGGGUGACGGUUCACAGUUUCAGCAGCACUCGCAGGUCCCUCCGACCUCAUCGUUUCCGGUACCACCGUCAUCCGGGCCGUUCUUUUACUCCUCUGAACAGACGCCGUAUACCACUCCUCUGACAGAGCCGGCUCAGUAUCGACAGGCUACACCACCCCCAUUUCAGGCACCUCAGCAUGGUCAACCUUCUACCCCCUCUGAUCAGGGUUACCGGCCCGUGUUUUCUUGGCUCGAUCAACCGUCAGCGUCACAUUCGCGUCCCUCCCCUUCCACCCCGGUCGCGGAUCCGUCGCAGAUGUUUUUUUCGAUAUCAGAGGCUUGGUUGAACAGUCCAGGUCUCGGGGAGGGGGGCUCUUUCGAGGCGUUACAGUCCGGUAGUAUUCAGUUUUCGGGUCCGUCCUUCAGCCUCCUUCCGCAGUCACAGGAGGCACCGACUACUGCACCGGCUGCAGAUGAUCAGGAGCUAUCCCUAGACGAUGAUCACGAGAGCGAGGGCGCGCCAGGUGACAGACCGGGUGAUAGAUAG